AUGAUGCCUACCGCCGACCCAGCCAUCGGCCCGUCUUCUACCAUCUUACACCAUAUACGAACCAGCGAUAUCGACGAAUCUAGAAGCGGCUUCUCUGCUUUACUUACAACUUCCGCCGCCGCCGCCACUCGGAUCACCCACAUUCCUAGGCCACUACUAGAAGAUGCUAUCCGAGACGCUUCAGUGGCACUAAACCGCAUCUGCCUUCUCUUCUGUAUCGCCCUGAUCCAUAAUGCCUCAAAGGACCGUGCCCAGGGUCCGGACUUCUCUAUGCACCCAUUGGUCCUAGAUCUCUCCGCGCCCCACCGGUAUGCCUCUUAG